GAUAUGACGUCAUCAUUGUGACUUUCGCAAUUCGUCUGUACUAUAGCUGUAUGAUAUGUUCGCUAUGAGACAAGCUAGCUUGCCUUUGCCUUCGUCAUAACAUAAGUAGAUCGUAACUUGUACCAGUUAGACAUGUGAAGGGUAAGUCUUGGGAGCCUCGUCACUAUCCAAGAUAUCUGUUGCAAUGGCAGUCAAUAGUAUACGAAAUCAGUUCAACCACGCCAUUCAGAACAUGAUCCCAGGCCUUCAGACAAUGGACGCACCUCCAGAGGUAGAGACACCAGAUGGACAUUCACAUCGGGAUGCCAUUGUCAUCAACAUGCCAGACUCUGAAGGAAGGUUCCCCUCUUCCCGAGGAGGUGGAAGCAGAAGAGGAGGAGGAGGAGGGAGUGCAUCAGUGGGAGACACAGAGACAGAAGGAGACCAGGAACAGAAUAGAGGGAGAGGUCCCUUAAAUGAUACAAAUCUUACCAAUUACUUGUCAGAAGGGAUCGCUGAACUCCUUCUUUUUGUGCUUAUCUUGGCAUGCAAAUUGGCAUAUGAUCACAGAUUAGGGCUGACAGUAUUCCUUGGUCUAAUUGGGACAUUUGUUCAUCAUAGCAGUAGUGUCAAGAGAGAAAUUGAAUUAAAGGAGAAAAGGAAGGUUUUGUCUGUAGUCAUGCGGUUGGGAUUACUAUUAGUUAACAUCAUCUUUAUUUACUACGUCCUGGAAGAACAACAACUUUAUAAAUGUCUUAUUUUCCUACCACCAAAUAUCGCAGUGAUGACAUUGUGGGCUGUGUUAUGGUGCAUUGGAAUCACUGAUUUUGUCAUUAAGUAUUCUACAUUGAUGCUUAAGUGUCUGGUUACCUUACUUCCUGGAUCAGUCCUCAGCUUCAAGAAAAGAGGUAAAAUCUACCGUGCUUUGGAGGAAAUAUCUCAGACGUACCGACUUCUUCCACCAUUCCCGGUCUGGCUGUCCUACUUCUCAGACUACAGUGAUUCUCAUUGGAUAAUUAGCUACUUCUUAACAUUUGCUUAUGUAAUACUGAAAGCUUUUACAGUGUACAGAAAACAGAAAGAUUUAAGAAAAUCUUUACAAGAAGUUUUUAUUGAUGUGCAAUAUGGAAUGGCGCCCUCACAAGACCAGAUCCGUAGAGUCGGUGAGGCAUGUCCAAUAUGUCAAGAUGAUUUUCAAGAUCCAAUCCAGCUGGCUUGCAAGCAUAUUUUCUGUGAGAACUGUGUGUCCAUGUGGUUUGAUCGAGAGCAGACCUGUCCAAUGUGCCGGGCUCAGAUCGCAGCAUCACCUAUCUGGAAAGACGGCUCGACCGCUAUGUCAGUACAACUCUUUUGAGAUCCAGGCCCAUCGUGAUUGCUGACCCAGGAAUGUUAGAUAUCAGCAACAUGAAUAACAUCAAUGUUUUCACAUGAGAAGUGGUUUGAAGUCAUUGUGAAUGAUUGAACAAUUUGAAGGAAUCAUUGAAUGUGAAAGACCACAAAGGAUAGAGAAGUACAUUGACUGAGACUGGUUUUGUACCUCGAGGACAUGAGUAUACCUCAUGAAAGGCAAGGGGUGGUAUGCAAGUAAUGAAAAGAUCUUGCAGAUCAGGCUUUGCUGAUAGUGUGGAAGAUUGACCUGUAUGCAAUGGUUGAAGAAUUACAGGCAUUGUUAGGAGUAAGCGAGCUAUCUAUGAACAGUUUGAGAAAUGUUUUAUUCACAGGAUCAUUCUGCGUCUUUUUCCAUUCAGUUUCUUCAUGAAUUGAUUAAUUGAUUUGACAGUUUUGCCAAUUUGAGGAUCAUUCAUUGAUUGGACUGUAAUCAUUUAGAAAUGCUGAAUAAAACCACUUGUUAGUGAAUACUCCGACAUUGCAGUUUUGACAAAGAAAAACGUGAGAGACAUUUCUACUGAUCUAAUGAACGAAUGCCACUUAGAGAAUAAACUGAUACUGAAUGACUGUAUGAAGGAUGCUUCAUCUAAAGAGUGAAAGAUUUUGUCAGUUCCUGAAUUUUCCAAAGUAAUGAUGAAGUGUGCAUAAUUACAAAACAGUAAAUCAGAUAUAAAAAGUCCCAAGCUAUGAAGUGCAAGUGAUGGAUGCAAUUCAUUUAUAACUAACAUAGAUGAGUACUUGAUAAACAAUUUGUUCAGAAAAAAACAUCAACAAGAAAUUUCUUUUUCUGUGUUAAUGGAAAAAGAAAUCACUGUGUACAUUCCUUCAGUGGGUUUUUAUUUAGAUAAGCACCCCUCAGAAUAUAUGGUACUGUAGACUACAUAUGGUUAAUAACCUCAUGAAUUCUAAAAAAUAUAUAUAUAUUAUGUGUUAAAACACAUCAAAUGUAGUGACAUAUUGAUCCUUCCAUUUUGACUAGCACAUAAGUAUUUUCAACUAAAUGUAUUAAUGUUUCAUACAUUUCAUACGUUAGUUCUUUUACUGGCCUUUUAAAAAAGAUAUGUUCAAAGUUAGACGUCAGUCCUUGACAAACCAGGUUAAAUAGAUUGAUCAAUUGUAACUAUUCUCUGUUACAGGUAAUGUUAUAUAUUAUAUAUAUUGUUUAUUUCCCAAAUAUGUGUAUUUAUCAUGAAAAGAUAUAUUUUGGACUUAGAAAUGCAUUGCACACUUAUAUUGUUUCUAAUUAUUUUCUGCCUUGUUAUUGGUGUAGUGUUUUCUUUGAUUGACACUUCACAAAGGUGUAGAGAUAAGGCAGCCACAUUAUUGACAUCUUUCAUUUACCUUUCACUGAAAUAUUUGAAAUAAACCAACAAAAUAAAUGCAAUUGGUUUAGUAAAAUGCCAUAGAAAUAAAAUCAUAGAUUUUAAAAGGAGGGCAGCUCUCAAAAAUGAAAUAUUAAGUCUCACUCUCGUAAGACUAUUUCUAUUUUGAAAUAAAUAAUAUACAUGUAGGCCCUCCCUCCCCCAAGAAAAAAGAGGCAUGUGCUUAAUAUGAUAAACAGGGGUGGUAUUCUGGAACACUCAUAAAUUUUGUCAUUUUCGUCCGAGAUGUGACACUGCUAUGAUUGUCACAAAUCGGUAUUCUGAACACAAGUCUUUUCCCUGUCUUAUCUCUUUAAGUCCCCGCCCAUAUUUUCAGAAGCAAACCAAUCAAAAUCACCAUUAGAUCCCAGUGGGAGCCCUUCUAACCAAUAAGAAGGCCUGGGUGGCACGUGGGAGUAUCCUCAUCACAGUAGCUGGCAUCGCGCAACUGCACGUAUAUUGAUGCGCUUAAUUGCAAAGAGAGACAGAGCUGUGAGGAAAUUUUAGGAGACAGAGAGAAAAAAAAGGACUUGAUUUGUAGGGCCUAACUAAUUGUAGCUUGACAAAAAUAUUUUUGAAAAUGGUCAUGGAUGAUGAAUGAAACUAACACCACAAUCUAAUCUUAAUAAUCAUUUUGCCUCCGACGAAGAUUCUGCUAGGAUCGAAAGCUUAGGCCCCUUUUUUACUUUCUUAAUAAUCAUUGUGUGCUUGACAUUUAGUCAGCAAGGUAUCGGGGUUUUUGGUACCAAAAGAUGUGGCAAAAUUUUGACUGCUAGACUUGUCAUAUCUUUUGCUUGUAUAUUGGGAUUAUGCACAUUUAAGAACCGCAUAUUUUUGGUGCGUGCUAAAGAGAAGAGACAAAAUUUAUGACAAAAGUUAUGACAUCCACCAGAAUACCGAUUUCGUCAUAUUUCUGAGAAAAGACAAAAUAUGGAGAAAAGACAAUGUUCAGAAUACCAUCCCAGGAUCAAAUUCAAGAUGUGAUAUCUUUUUUAACCAGACAUGUAUUGUAUGUUUGGGUCUGAAGAGGAAUUUUUUGUUAAAAAAACAGUAAGCUUUCAUGUUAUGCAAUGAUAUGUAUUACUGGAGAUUCUGGGGAAUGGCUUUUGACCGCAACAACAACAAAGAAACAGUACAAUUUUUUGUUAAAAAGGAGCAACAGUAGGCAUGACUGCAUACUUAGAAAACAAGCAAGCUAUUCAUUUUGGGCUUUUCUAAAAUAUAACAUUGUCUUUUGUUAUAUUCUUCCAAAAUAUCAUAUGUGAGAUGGCUCUCACAAAUACAGAGACUUUCAUGAUUUGAUUUAUUUGGUAUACCGACGAGAAGUGGUAAAUGAUGGGAGGAGGUUUCGGUUACUUAAAAGUACUUUUUUAAAAAUAAAAAUGAUACCGUUUUCUUUUAGGUUGAUAUUUUACCAGUGAUUGAUAUGUCAAAGAUCCUGAAAGUAGUGAUAGGAGAUUUAUGUUUUUCAUUACCAAGCACUAGUCAAUACCCUGAAGUGUCAUCACACUUGUGAACAUUGUACAGGUUUAAUCUUUAUAAUCUUUGUUUAAAGUUAUAACAAUGUGUUUCCUUAAGAUGCUCAUUUCACUUUGUUCUGAUUUUAAAAAUUUUCAUUUUGGUUCUGAGAAAUAGGCUAAACAUAAGGCUUAUCGAGUGAAAUACCAGUCAAAAAGGUUCAAAGUACCAUGCCUACAAAAACCUAUUUUAAAACUUUGAAGAUGUAAACUAAAGUUUGAAAACGAAUGGGGGUUGGUUUCAUUGACCACAUGUAUACAGCAAAUCUGUACCACAACACAAUACUCUGGAUGAACCCUACAUGACAUAUGUACUGUGUGUGCAAUAUGUAUAGUAUAGGAAAUAAUACUUUGUGCAUAGGUGUUACAUACAGCCAACAGAUAUUUUGAAUGUGAGAAAACUGGGCAUGAGCUAAAUGCAUCUCAGAGACGGGUAACAAAACCAGGCUUAUAAAUCAUUAUUUGUGUCUGAAUUAUAGUUUUUCUUCGAACAGUAUAUUAUGUUUUGUUUUAGGGUUUUUUUAAUGACAAAAUACAAGCACUCAUACACAUGUUUCAUCUUUGUUUGGGGAUUUUUUUAAUUGGCUGCUUACUAAGUGCAACGGUUCCUUUAAAUAUCAUUUUGCAAAGAAUCCAUGGUGAAGUUUUCAAAUUUAAUAUUUUGAGGCUUAUUUAUUUUCAAGUUGUGAAUGAACUUAUGUUCAAAUGCAGCAAAUGUUUACAAAGAUAGAAUUAAAUUUAACUGCUGUUUGUUCAUGUA